CAACAAGUUAAAUUCUACUUGAUUAUUUUUUAAAUCUUAUAUAGCUUGCUUUCAAAUUUUAAAGUCAAUUCAAUUUAAUUAUAAUUUUAGUGUUGAAGGAAUAAGUACUUAAAAUUAAACUCAAUAAAACGGAAUUCAUAAAACGUCCAUUAUUAAUUACACCAUGGUGAGAAAUAGUAAUGAAAAUAUGAAAAGAAAUCCAAUUGAGACUGCAAAUCUUAUAAGUCGACUAUUUUUUUGGUGGACAUUAAAACUAUUUAGAAAAGGUAAUCGAGGUGGACUUAAUUUGAAUGAUCUUUAUGCCCCAGCAGCUUGUGAUAAAUCCGAAAGUGUGACAAAUAAGCUGGAAAAGUCAUGGAAUUAUGAAGUAGAGAAAAGUAUGAGCGAAGGGAAAACCAAGGUUUACAAUGGACGUAAAAUGAAAUUAUCAAAACCGAAUUUCAUCAACGCAAUCCUUCGAACAUUUUGGCUAGAAAACUUAUACAUUGGAUUAACAUUACUCUUUCAGAUAAUAAUUUUACGUAAUAUACAGCCUAUUUUUCAGGCUCGUAUAAUAAGUUUUUUUAACUCACGAAGUUUACAACAUUCAACAACACAAAAUGAAGCUUUGAGUUAUGCAGGUGCUCUUAUUACUACGACACUUGGCACUAUAUUUAUUAUGCACCACAUGAAUGUUAAGAGUCAAAAACUUGGAAUGAGAAUUCGAGUUUCAUGUUGUUCACUUAUUUAUAGAAAAAGUCUACGUUUGAGUAAGUCAUCUCUUGAUAGUACUGCUGACGGUCAAAUAAUCAACCUUUUAAGUAAUGACGUGAACCGCUUUGACGUGUUACCUAUAUUUUUUAAUUAUCUAUGGAUUAUGCCAAUACAAGUUAUCAUUGUCGGUUGCAUAAUGUGGCAAAUUAUUGGAAUUUAUACCCUCGUAGGUUUUGUAACGAUGUUAUUACCCUCAAUUCCGAUGCAAGGAUACGCUUUAUUAAUCAGCGGAAAACUUCGAAAACUCACCGCAAAAUUAACUGACCGCAGAAUUCAGCUUAUAAGUGAAAUAAUUGAUGGAAUUCAAGUAAUCAAAAUGUACGCAUGGGAAAAACCAUUCAAUAGAAUAAUUUCUGAAACAAGAUUAGCUGAAGUUAAAAAAAUACAUAGCUCGUUGAAUGUUUUUGCUUUGUAUAACGCUUUGAUAGUUUUUACCGAACGAACGGCGCUUUUUGUGACACUUGCUAUUUUUGUAUGGAUGGGAAAUUCCAUAAAAGCCGAAGUCACAUUUCAACUGUCAAUUUAUUUCCAUAUAUUACAGUUAGUGGUAGUUACUUUUGUUCCACAGGCACUGAUAUUAAGUAGUGAAGCUGUUAUUUCGGCAAAGAGAAUAGAAGAAUUUUUGUUACUCGAGGAAAUAACUAAAACUCAGCAAGAUUUAACAAAAAUACUUAAGUCAACAGACAUAAUUGAUCCGGCUAAAUUAUCUUCAGUAAAAACACCGAAUGCGGUGAGAAUAGAGUUAUAUAAAGUUUCAGCUAAUUGGAUAGUCGGGCAGUUGCCUCCGACAUUAUGUGAAGUAACAUUAAAUAUCAAAGGUGGAGACUUGUGCGCUCUGGUCGGUCCGGUUGGUUCGGGCAAAUCUUCGUUGCUAAAUUUGUUGUUGCAAGAGCUACCAAUUGGCGCUGGAAUAGUUGGACUUUAUCAGUUCAAAAAUGAAAACUCAAAUGUUUUUAAAUCCAAGCGCAGAUUUAUACAAGACAAUCCUGAUAUGACGAUAUCAUACGCAAGUCAAAGUCCGUGGCUUUUUUCAGGAACUGUGAGAGAAAAUAUUCUCUUUGGGCUCGAUUACAAUGAUAAGCGAUAUCAAGAGGUAACAAGAGUAUGCUCACUCUUAACAGAUUUUGAACAAUUACCUGAUGGUGACUUAACUACUGUUGGAGAACGUGGAGCAUCACUUUCAGGUGGCCAGAGGGCUAGAGUUAAUUUAGCGAGAGCAAUAUAUAAACAAGCUGAUUUGUACCUUUUAGACGAUCCUCUAAGUGCAGUUGAUGCACGUGUUAGGCGACAUAUUUUCGAGGAGUGUAUUCUCGAAUAUCUUCGAGGAAAAACACGAAUACUUGUUACUCAUCAGCUUAGUUAUCUAAAACAAGCCGAUACUAUUGGCAUGAUUAAACAUGGACAUAUGAAAUAUCAAGGCACUUUCGAUACUUUAACAAAAACCAGCUUAGAAUUUAACGAUUUGCUAAAUGCUGUAAAAAGAAAUUAUAACGAAUCAUCUGAUAAGAUAACUGAUGAUAUUGAUACUAACAAUCUUGUUGAAGACAAAAGUAGUUUUUUAAGAUUUGAAAAAUCAAGAACUUCACAAGUUUCAGUUAAAUCUCAAGAUAGUUAUCAAUUUAUGCCCUAUCAAAAAUUCACUACAGAAGAAGCGGAAUCUAAUGCAAGAGCUAAAUCUGAGUUAAUGGAAUCAGGGCGAUUAUCAAACGAAGUUUAUUAUAAAUAUUUUCAUAAAGGGGCAAAUAUUUGUACAAUCAUGCUACUGAUAAUUAUUUAUAUUCUAUCUCAAAUAGCUACAAGUGGUGUUGAUUACUGGCUUGGCUAUUGGACAAACUUAGAAACCAUACGAACAUCCUAUGUCAAUUUUAAAAACAACUGUUCACUUUACGGAAAUGAAUACAAAUCUAUAGUUAAUAAUACGUUUUUUCAAUCACUUUCAAUUCUUGAUGAUGAAGGUUUUUUGCCUGUAACGUAUGCAAUUUACAUUUAUGCGACAUGGAUUAUAGGUUGUAUUGUGUUAAUUAUCGUACGAUCCUAUUUUUUCAUAAAUAUUUGUAUACAUGCCGGACACAAAUUACAUAAUAAUAUGCUUUCAAAUGUUCUACAAGGGACAAUGUCUUUUUUCCAUGCAAAUCCUUCUGGACGAAUUUUAAACAGAUUUUCAAAAGAUGUUGGUGCAAUGGAUGAAUUGCUUCCAAGAGCUAUGCUCGAAGCUCUUCAAAUACUUUUCGUCUUGACGGGAAUAUUAGUAAUUAUUAUAAGUGUCAAUCCUUGGAUGGGUGUCCCUAUUGUAAUCAUAGGAAUAUUAUUAUAUUUUUUACAUAUUUAUUAUCUAAAAACAGCCCAAGAUAUAAAACGACUAGAGGGUAUUGCAAAAAGUCCGGUUUUUUCACACGUUAGCACUACAUUAAAUGGUUCAACGACUAUUAGAAGCCACGGUAAAGAUGUACAGUCAAUGUUAUGUAAAGAAUUCGAUCAAUAUCAAGAUAUUCAUACAGGCGCAUGGUUUCUUACAAUAAUUACUGGAUCAGCGUUUGGACUUAUUCUUGAUUUGAUUGCUUGUGUCUUUCUCGCGUGUGUUUGUUUUUCAUUAAUUCUUAUAGAUUCCGAAAAUACAUUUGGUGGAUCGGUUGGUUUAUCCAUAUCACAGUCACUGAUGUUGACGGGUAUGCUUCAAUAUGGUGUGAGACAAACUACUGAAGUACAAUUACAAAUGACAUCAGUUGAAAGAAUUAUUCAGUAUUUUAAUUUACCAAUAGAAAAACCGAUGGAGUCAUCGAAACCACCGCCAGUUAACUGGCCAUGGAGUGGACAAAUUGAAUGGAAAAAUGUUUCUAUGAGUUACAAAAAUAAUGAUCCACCAGUAUUAAAAAAUAUUGAGUUGACGAUUAAAUCAGGUUGGAAAGUGGGAGUAGUCGGUAGAACCGGAGCUGGAAAAUCUUCAUUGAUAGUUGCACUUUUCCGUUUAGCAGACGAUGGUCUGAAUGGAAAAAUAAUAAUUGACGGUUUAGAUACAAGGAGCAUUAGUCUUCAAGAUUUACGUACAAGUAUAUCAAUAAUUCCUCAAGAACCUGUUCUCUUCUCUGAGACUAUAAGAUAUAAUCUGGAUCCAUUUGGCAAGUAUACUGAUACUGCAAUGUGGGAUGCUUUAAGAGAAGUCGAAUUGAAUGACGUAACACUCGAUCAAUGGGUCACCGAAAGCGGCUCAAAUUUCAGUGUUGGUCAGCGUCAAUUAAUCUGCCUUGCAAGAGCAUUGUUAAGAAAUAAUAAAAUUCUCGUUCUUGAUGAAGCCACUGCUAAUAUUGAUUCGCAAACUGAUGCUUUAAUCCAGCGAGCAAUUCGAAAAAAAUUUUCAGAUUGUACAGUAAUAACAAUAGCACAUCGUUUAAACACAAUAAUUGACAGCGACAAAAUUUUAGUCAUGGAAAAUGGAUAUGCUGCGGAGUUUGGAAGCCCGUAUGAGUUAUUCUUUGAAAAACCUAACAGCUUAUUUUUUAAAAUGGUCAAUCAAACUGGAGAUGUGAUGGCUAAAAAACUUUCUGAAGAAAUUGUAAAAUUUCAUUGCCAACAAAUAGAUUCUGCAACAGCCAAUAAUAAAAUUACUCAACAGAAAUUUAAUAUUGACAGCAGUACAAUAGUAGAACACUAGAAAAAAGUUCUUGAGCUUUUCUAGAACGUCGACGCAAUUUAGAUCUCAUACAUGCACACUUUGUUUUAUCUGAAGUUGGAUUAUGUUAACGUUGCUUAAGGAGCUUGAAAACAUUAUUUUCGAUACAUUGGAGCUUUUCAAGGUCAACAAUAGUGAUGUUGCACGUUCAACACAUAUGUUUACAUAUGAUUCUAUCAGAACUUUUUCCCGGGUUUAUUUAAAAUCACAUCGAUUUUUAUAAAAUCCUUAUAGAACUACAUAAAUUCUUAUAAGAUUUUUAUAAGAUCAUAUAAACUUUUAUAUGAUCAUAUAUCAUUAUACAUAAGCAUAUAAAACUUUAUCUCGUAAUUUUAUAAAGUUAUAUAUAACUUUGUAUAAAAUCAUAUCAA